CGAGAUGGAGGAGAUCGGCCUGCCCCCCGUGGCCGCGGACGAGGAGCCGCUGGUGCCCGUGACGAUCGAGAGCAAGACGGACCUGUACGCCAAGUACAAGUCCCUGGAGCGGCACCUCGAGUUCCUGGACAUCCAGGAGGGCUACAUCAAGGACGAGAUGAAGAACCUCAAGCGCGAGCUCAUCCGCGCCAAGGAGGAGGUCAAGCGCAUCCAGUCGGUGCCGCUGGUCAUCGGCCAGUUCCUCGAGAUGGUGGACGCCAACUACGGCAUCGUGGGCUCCACGGCGGGCUCCAACUACUACGUGCGCAUCCUCAGCACGCUGGACCGCGAGAGGCUCAAGCCCAACUCGUCCGUGGCGCUGCACCGCCACUCGCACGCGGUCGUGGACGUACUGCCCCCCGAGUCGGACUCGAGCAUCCAGAUGAUGCAGAUGUCGGAGCGCCCCGACGUGUCGUACUCGGACAUCGGCGGCAUGGACAUCCAGAAGCAGGAGGUGCGCGAGGCCGUGGAGCUGCCGCUCACGCACUUCGACCUGUACAAGCAGAUCGGCGUGGACCCGCCGCGCGGCGUGCUCAUGUACGGCCCGCCCGGCACAGGCAAGACCAUGCUGGCCAAGGCCGUGGCCAACGCCACCACCGCCGCCUUCAUCAGCGUCGUGGGCUCCGAGUUCGUGCAAAAGUACCUGGGCGAGGGCCCGCGCAUGGUGCGCGACGUCUUCCGCCUGGCCAAGGAGAACUCGCCCGCCAUCGUCUUCAUCGACGAGGUGGACGCCAUCGCCACCAAACGCUUCGACGCCCAGACGGGCGCCGACCGAGAGGUGCAGCGCAUCCUGCUCGAGCUGCUCAACCAAAUGGACGGCUUCGACCAGGCCACGAACGUCAAGGUCAUCAUGGCCACGAACCGUGCAGACACUCUGGACCCGGCCCUGCUGCGGCCCGGCCGCCUGGACCGCAAGAUCGAGUUCCCGCUGCCCGACCGGCGACAGAAGCGCCUCAUCUACCAGGCCUGCACGGCCAAGAUGAACCUCGGCGACGAGGUGGACCUCGAGGACUACGUGAACCGCCCCGAGAAGAUCAGCUCGGCCGACAUCGCCUCCAUCUGCCAGGAAGCCGGCCUGCAGGCCGUGCGCAAGAACCGCUACGUCGUGCUGCCCAAGGACUUCGACAAGGGCUACAAGAACGCCAUCAAGCGGGCAGAUACGACUUUCGAAUUCUACCACUAGGCGAGGAGGCGCUGCACUACUUCGAAAUGCUUGUGGACAGGUAAUAACGCUUCCGCGUCAAUGAAUUCUAAGGUUGCAAACUCCGCCGACAAGUGAAACAAUUGGCGGGAACCCGGGUACCCAUCGGGACCCCGGUUCCCCCAAAACUACCGGUACACAUGUAUGAGCAAAUGCAUUGAAGUUUGGUCUAUGACCUACAU